UUUUUGUCGAACCUGUGCGAUUGUGGAGUCAUCUGUAAGCAGGAGCUGCAGAAGCUGGAAGAGCUGAAAAAGCAGUGUGAGGCUCUGUAUCUGUAUGGAGUCAUGUUACUGGUUAUCGAUCAGAAGAUGGAAGGAGAAGUAAGAGAAAGGAUGCUGGUGUCCUAUUAUAGAUACAGCGCUGCUCGCUCCUCAGCUGACUCUAACCUAGAUGACAUCUGCAAGCUUUUGCGUAGCACAGGAUACUCCAGCCACCCGGGGGCUAAACGGCCAACAAACUACCCUGAGAGCUACUUCCAGAGAGUUCCCAUCAGCUCCACAUUCAUCAGUAUGGUGAUUGGCCGCUUGCGCUCUGACGACAUCUACAACCAGGUCUCUGCGUAUCCUCUGCCGGAGCACCGCAGCACAGCUCUGGCGACUCAGGCCGCUAUGCUUUAUGUCUGCUUAUAUUUCACUCCCUCCAUCCUGCACACACAACAGGCCAAGAUGAGAGAGAUCGUGGACAAAUACUUCCCUGACAACUGGGUUAUAAGCAUAUACAUGGGCAUCACAGUGAACUUGGUGGAGGCGUGGGAACCAUAUAAAGCUGCUAAAAUAGCCCUGAACUACACGCUGGACACAGCUAACAUCAGAGAACAGGCUGGACGAUACGCUGCCAGUGUGGAGACUCUGCGGCCGCAGGUGCAGCAGUUGUUGAAGGAGGGAUUCCUGAGGGAAGAAAUCAUCCUGGACAAUAUUCCCAAACUGCUCAACUGCCUCCGAGACUGUAAUGUUGCCAUCCGCUGGCUGAUGCUGCACACUGCAGAGUCCGCUUAUGAUCCAAACAACAAGAGGCUUCGUCAGAUCAAAGACCAAGUCAUCAACGACUCCAAAUACAACCCCAAAAUUCUGUUUCAGCUGCUGCUGGACACGGCUCAGUUUGAGUUCAUACUCAAAGAGAUGUUCAAGCAGAUGUUGGCAGAGAAGCAGCUGAAGUGGGAGAGCUAUAAGAAGGAGGGAUCAGAGAGGAUGAUGGAGCUGGCCGAGGUGUUUUCAGGGGUCAAACCUCUUACCAGAGUGGAGAAAAAUGAGAAUCUUCAGGCCUGGUUCAGAGAAAUCUCCAAACAGAUCGAGUCCCUGAACUAUGAAGACUCCACGGCUGCCGGCAGGAAGACUGUACAGCUCAUUCAGGCUCUGGUGGAGGUCCAAGAGUUUCACCAGCUGGAGUCCAACCUGCAGGUGUGUCAGUUCCUGGCGGACACCCGCAAGUUCCUGCAUCAGAUGAUCCGCACCAUCAAUAUUAAAGAGGAAGUGCUCAUCACCAUGCAGAUAGUGGGGGAUUUGUCCUACGCCUGGCAGAUCAUUGACAGCUUCACCGCAAUAAUGCAAGAGAGCAUCAGAGCAAACCCAUCAAUGGUGACCAAGCUCAGAGCCACUUUUUUAAAGCUGGCGUCUGCACUGGAUCUGCCUCUGCUGCGAAUCAACCAGGUCAACAGUCCCGACCUUCUGAGCGUCUCUCAGUUUUACUCCGGGGAGCUGGUGGCAUACGUUAGAAAGGUGCUGCAGAUCAUUCCAGAGAGUAUGUUCACCUCACUGGCCAAAAUCAUCAAGCUGCAGAUUCAUGACAUUAUGGAGGUGCCCACACGCUUGGACAAAGACAAACUCAAGGAUUACUCUCAGCUCAGUGCCCGCUAUGAGGUAGCUAAACUCACUCAUGCCAUCUCCGUCUUCACCGAAGGUAUCCUGAUGAUGAAGACCACACUUGUUGGGAUCAUUCAGGUGGAUCCCAAGCAGCUUCUGGAGGACGGGAUCAGGAAAGAGCUUGUCAAACGUGUAGCGUACGCUUUGCAUAAAGGCCUCAUCUUCAACCCUAAAGCCAAACCCAGUGAACUGAUGCCAAAGCUGAAGGAAAUGGCUGCCACUAUGGAUGGGUUUUAUCGCUCGUUUGAGUACAUUCAGGAUUACGUGAGCAUCUACGGCCUGAAGAUCUGGCAGGAGGAAGUAUCUCGAAUAAUCAACUACAACGUAGAGCAGGAGUGCAACAGUUUCCUUAGGACAAAGAUCCAAGAUUGGCAAAGCGUCCACCAGUCCACCCACAUUCCCAUUCCUAAAUAUCCAUCAGUUGAUGAAUCCGCCACAUUUAUUGGACGUCUUUGCAGGGAAAUCCUGAGGAUCACAGACCCCAAGGUGACGUGUUACAUUGACCAGCUCAACACCUGGUAUGAUCUGAGAACGCAUCAGGAAGUGACAAACAACCGGCUGUUUUCUGAGAUUCAGGACACGCUGGGAACGUUCGGGCUGAACGGACUGGACAGACUCCUGUGCUUUAUGAUCGUCAAAGAGCUGCAGAAUUUCCUGACAGUUCUUCAGAAGAGCAUCCUGAAGGAUAAAGCUGUGGUAGACGUCUUCAAAGCUCUGCUGACCGCUGUCAAUCCUGUCAAAGGAAUUGUGGCAAAUGCAAGCAAAGUCUACACAAAUGCUGCGGCCAAAACACAGAAGAUCUGGAGCCCGUAUCUGGAAUCCAUCAUGAAGGUGGGUCAGAUGCAGAUCUUGAGGCAGCAGAUUGCCAACGAGCUCAAUUACUCCUGCAAAUUUGACUCCAAACAUCUCGCUGCAGCGCUGGACAACCUCAACAAGUCCCUGCUGUCCGAUAUUGAAGCUCAUUACCAGGAUCCAUCACUGCCGUAUCCUAAAGAAGACAACACUCUUCUGUAUGAGAUCACUGCCUACCUGGAGGCUGCAGGAAUACACAAUCCGCUCAACAAGAUCUACAUCACAACCAAGCGUCUGCCUUAUUUCCCUAUCGUCAACUUCCUCUUCCUCAUCGCGCAGCUGCCAAAACUGCAGUACAAUAAAAGCCAAGGAAUGGCGUGCAGAAAGCCUGCAGAUGCGCUGGAUUGGGCUCCUCUGGUUCUGGGUCUGCUGACGCUCCUCAAACAGUUUCACUCCAGAUACACGGAGCAGUUCCUCGCUCUGAUUGGACAGUUUAUUCGCUCCAUAAUGGAGCAGUGCACCAGUCAGAAGAUUCCAGACAUGCCUUCAGAUGUAGUCGGAGCGUUAAUGUUUCUGGAGGACUAUGUGCGUUACACUAAACUGCCAAGAAAGGUGGCAGAGGCUCACGUGCCUAGCUUCAUUUUUGAUGAAUUCAGGACUGUGCUGUAAAUCUCAUAAUGACGAGAUCUUCUCUCUUUCUCUUAAAGCACUAAUGACGUUGAGCGAUUCGCAUUUUUAACAUUUCACUUUUAAAACAUGAUCAUGUUUUGUAGCUGUUACUGACCUCAUGUCUGUCUGCUAAGCUAAUAAAUGCUAAUCUAUGUUUUGAGA